GGGCUGCACCGCUGAGCACGCUGCCAGUGGAGAGUCUCGAUCGGUAGGUUGCUUCUCGUCUCCUCCGCGGGCUCUCGGGAAUCCUUGCCAUCCCGCCGGCAUGUCUCAGGCCGAGUUUGACAAAGCUGCCGAAGAAGUUAAACACCUCAAGACCAAACCAGACGACAAUGAGAUGUUAUUCAUCUACAGCCGCUACAAACAAGCCACCGUGGGCGAUGUAAACACAGAACGGCCGGGGAUGUUGGACUUCAAAGGCAAGGCCAAGUGGGAUGCCUGGAAUGAGCUGAAAGGGACCUCCAAGGAAGAUGCCAUGAAAGCUUACGUGGACAAAGUAGAAGAGCUAAAGAAAAAAUACGGAAUAUAAGGGACUGGACGUGGACGUCAGCCAAGCAUUUGAUCCAAACCGCUGUAACGCCUUGUUUUUUCUGAUGCUGCACUUGACAUGGAGGAAUGAAAAGAACCAGCUACCCCAGUUCCUUAAGCUGUUCAACAGAUUGGAAGCAGAAACGGUUACUGACUUGCGCUUUGUAGUUUUUAUUUGUAGAUCUAUUAAAAGUGCGUUUAUUACUUUUAA